AUGUCAUCCACUCCUAUCUUUAACGCAGCUGAUGCUGCAAUACUCAGCCAAAGAAAUCUCAUGAAGCCAGCGAUUGGCAAACGACGAAAGAUUUCCUCCUCUAUUGUCUCUUCAGAUUCAUCAUCAAGCUCCGGCGAUUCUGAGGGCUCAGGAUUCCGUCAAGAUCACUUUCUCAUUGUCCCGGAAAUGCUUGAAAGCGAGGAGACCCUUCAGUAUCUUGGGUGGGGAGCAGAUAAGGCUACGAACAUUUGGAGAAGAUGGGUUUCGGUAACAGCAGACGACACUGACGUCGCACGGUACACCAUGUACGAAUUCGGGUUUCUGGAGUUUGCACUAGAGGCCGUUCCCUCUUCCGAGCUCGAGGAUGGUCAGGAAGCUUGGACAACUCAUAUGCUGGGAUGGGGCGUGGCCGCUGAGCUUGUCGACGCAAUAAUGGAUACCCAAUUCGCAGAUGUAAGAGGAACAGAAUCAGCUCAGUAUUGGGUUAGAGAUACUAUGUCAAUCCGGUAUUUGGGCUUAGAAGGUCUAAAGAAAGCUAGCAUUUUGAGGGACGAACUUCGACAGAAUCCUGCGGGAAGUUUUAGAGGUAAUAUAGCAGUCGCAACAACUACAGCAAGGCCAUCGAAUGUUCCAGGAAAUCUCGUUUUAUAUAAAGCAAUUUCGAAAGAUCGAAUUGAAAAGGAUGAAAACGGAAAGAUCAUAUACAGUUCUAUAGUUAGCUCUACCCCUUCAGACUUUCGAGGAUACGGUGGAACCUUGUUAUAUUUCACACCAGAUAUAGAAGUCGCUAAAAUAUAUCGGCAAUACAUUAAAAAACGAGGCGAAUUCCCCCCUGUAAUGUUACAAUUAACAUUAUCGAACGCUUUUGUGGAGAGCCUCCCUCCUCAAAUCUUGCUUUUUGAAGAUUUAUGGAAACAGAUCAUAUAUACUUGUCGAUCACGCAAAAAUCUGAAGAGGGAUUUGUCCGGAUUUCACAAGUAUCCCUUGAUUAUUGCUCCUAUUAGCAGAUCACCGAAUGAUACCAUUAGUAGGCUUAGAGAUUGCGGGCAAUUAUCAGAGAAUUAUGUAUUGCAAGUAAAUGGCAAGAAAGCGAUUCAGUAUGCCUUUCAAGGAGAAGAUGUUUUAACCCAGCUUGAAGAAGAGGAAGGCGAGUUGAAAGUCAUGGUGGAUUAG